AUGGGUUCGCCCGCUGACAUUCUGACCCCGCCAGGCUCUCUACCAGAAGAAGCACCCUUCGACUCCCUGUCGCAUUCACAACCUGCCACCGAAUAUGCCCCGCUGGUCAAGACGAAAAGCACCCCGAGCCUGCUCAACUACCGCUCCGGCCCCCCGCCGCCCGCCUUGGACACGGCCAAGCGCCUGAGCAUCGAUGCAGGACAACUCGAUCGCAUGGCGAGGUCGCCCAUCGUUCCAGAACAUGAACAUGGUCUAGGGUCCUCAGGCCUGCGUCGCAUUCGCCAGCAGCCCAGCUAUAAACAGUUGACCGCUCAACGGGCUACUUCGCUGAACAUCACCACCCCGCCCGUAUCAAGACACCCCUCCGAGUCGACGCCCACCGCCCCCGCCUCGCCCACGUUUGCUUUUGGCGAAGACCUCUCUCGCUUCCCCUCCGAGUCGCUGCACUCGUUCUCGUUUGCGACGCAGUCAGAGGAAUUCAUCCACAAUCGCCAAAAUGUGCUAAAACGCUCCAUCGAGUUUAUGCGCGACAGGCUGGGUUGGGCCGCGACCAACCCCGGAAUUGCAAACGCCCAGGCAAGGCUUAGUGGCGACCAAGAGGUGCAGAGCAUGAUGGAACUUCUUACUCGGGCAAACCUCAUAGGCCAGGACGGCACGGGCGCCCAUGGCUUUGGCGCGCUGGGGCCGGUGACGGGGCCAGCAGACAUGUCUGGUGACAAUCCCUUUGAAAGGGGUUUCAUGGCCGAACGCUCAGAGAGCCCAGAAAGCAUGCUGGAAACAGCAAAGCCGCCGGUCCAUCGAGCGACGGCAGGCGAUGCGGGCGACACCAGCAGCGCUUCGGACUCCCGAGGUGCCCGAAGCACGUCGAGCACCGAUCUCACUUCCGAAUCAUCAAGCUCACGCGCACCAGCAACCUCGUCUUCACCCCCGCCACCCCUGCGUCCGCAACGAGCUGCUUUGAAACGCACGCUUACUGACGUCGUGCCCCUGACCAUCCAAAGUCAACUCAACGACGCCUUGGCGCAGCCGUACCGAGUCGGGGACCAGGAAAGAGUCAGCGACGUAGUCUCACCCACGACUAUGCCCGCUUUGACACCAAGCUUCAGUAAUCAAGCAGGCCCCAAUUCUGCUGGAGCCGCGCCACACGGCCACGGCAGCAGACACGUGCCAGCUGCACAAGCCAUCUUCACUACCGAGACAGAAUCGCCAUGGACAAUCACGUCCGCCAACGACCUGGCAUGCUUGGUCUUUGGCGUCACGAGAGCUGAAGUCCGAAAGCUGGGCAUACUCGAGGUUGUACGAGAAGAUCGCAGGAAAUGGCUCGAGGGCAAGCUGAGAGACCCUGAAGUGGGCUCAAAGAAUGCACAGUCACCAGCGUCGCCAGGUGUGAACAACCUCAAGGUCGGCAGCGGGGUGACAGCGCGGUUGCUCAGCAAGGCUCCGUCGCGCGUUACGGCUGCGAGAAAAGCAAAGACGGACGAUGGCAGCGGAUCCUCGUACUAUAACGCGAAGAAGACGGGCAAGUUGAACCACGAGCACAAGGGCUCGAGGGGCGUCUUGCUAUGCGGCGACGUCAUACCCAUUCAGAAGCGCAAUGGUUCAACGGGAUCUGCCAGCCUGUGGGUGAAAGAGAAGCGAGGUAGCCUGAUCUGGGUGCUAGAGGAGAUUGCAGAAGACGUCGUGUACAUCACCGUUGAUGAAGUAGGCUGCGUAUCCAAGGGCUGGGGCGCGACAGAAGCCGUUUUCGGAAGCGAUCGGUUGCGGCGCGGCAUGGACCUGAAGCGACUAAUACCUGGCAUACCGCGACUUCGGGGCACAAACACUGGAGCGUUAGACUAUGAUUCGAUCGAUGAGUUCCGUAGCUAUACAGCUCGGACGUCAAACAGUAUCAACAUUCCGGUAACCGUGGAAGCCCUGCCCGGCGAGCCUACCUUCCGUAUCUCAAGCUUCCCGCACAUUGCUGGCAUCAUCGUUCUCUCGUCCGCCGACCUCAAGAUUACAAGUUCCAACUCGGUCUUCUCCUCGGCCUUGUUCGGACAGCCGCGCCCUGAAGGCGUCCAUAUCAGCAAGCUCAUACCCGCCUUUGACAAGAUACUGCACGUCAUGACCGAUGAAGACAAGAUUGAGCUGGUGGAUGGCAUAGUCAUUCCCGAGCACAGCUUCCGCCGCGCCCGGGCUCUGCUAGCGAUGCGCGAAGGCAGCGCAGACGCGGCUGCCAUCUUCUUGAAGCCAAGCGGCCUGCCAGCUCUCCACCGCGACGGCUCCGAAAUCAUGGUCGAUGUGCAAAUGCGCGUGGUCAAGAGCGAAAAGACGCCUCGCUUCGAUGAGAAUGUAAUCGAAGAGGAGGAUGGUUCACCGCCCAAACCCGCCAAAUGUCCUGAACUGGUCUACGCUUUGUGGAUCACGUACUCCAGGCAGCUACACGCUGCGAACCACGGUAUUGGCCCGGUGACUCCUCUCAUCUCACGACCGCCUUCGCCACGCCAACUCCAGCCCGGCCAAUCGAAUUUUACCGUUCCGCAUGAGCCAGAAUCACAUCAAUCCCAGGGCACUCCGCCUGGAGUAUCGCUCUUGACGCAACAAAUUCAGGAAGCCAUGGAGCCUAUGGCGCCACAGGAACCCCAAACCAAGUCCAUGCCGCCUCCCCCGGCGCCAGUGCAAGAAGAGCCACCUCACAAGAAGACCAUCAACGACUUUGUCGUGCUGGAAGAAAUGGGCCAGGGUGCGUACGGACAAGUUAAGCUCUGUCGGUACAAAAAGGCCAGCAACAAGAAGGUGGUGAUCAAGUACGUUACAAAGAGGCGCAUUCUCGUCGACACAUGGACGCGAGAUCGACGGCUGGGAACGGUACCUCUUGAGAUUCACGUUCUGGACUAUCUCCGCCGCGAUGGCUUCAAACACCCCAAUAUUGUCGAAAUGGCCGACUUUUUCGAGGACGAUAUCAACUACUACAUUGAAAUGAUACCGCAUGGCCUACCAGGCAUGGAUCUUUUUGAUUACAUUGAGCUGCGAGUCAACAUGGAAGAGAAGGAGUGCCGCAAGAUCUUUGUUCAAGUUGCUGAGGCGGUACACCACCUGCACACGAAGGCAAAGGUCGUGCAUCGUGACAUCAAGGACGAAAAUGUAGUGCUCGACGGUGAAGGCAAUAUCAAGCUCAUCGACUUUGGAAGUGCAGCAUACAUCAAGAGCGGGCCUUUUGAUGUCUUUGUGGGCACCAUCGAUUACGCCGCUCCUGAGGUACUAGCUGGGAAAGCUUACCGCGGCAAGGAACAAGAUGUGUGGGCCCUCGGCAUCCUCCUUUACACCAUUGUCUACAAGGAGAACCCGUUCUACUCAAUUGACGAAAUCAUGGACCAUGAUUUGCGCGUGCCUUGGGUCAUGUCGGAGGAAAGCAUUGAUCUCAUCCGGUUGAUGCUGGACCGGGAUGUGGAGAAGAGAAUUACAAUUAGCAUGGUACUGGAGCAUCCGUGGUGUAAAGGCAUUAGUGGAGGUACUGCUGAAGAUGGUUCUGUCCCUGCUCCUGGUGUCAGUGGAAGUAGUGGUGUUGUGGGUGAGGUUGGACAAUAA